ACACGCAUGUGUGCUCAUCGUACUGAACUGCGUUCCGCUAGCUCGGUCGAUUCAUUGGAAUCAGAGAAAUAUAAAACAUCACACCAAGAUGACAGAUCACGAUGUUGAGAAUGAACUCCUGGACUAUGAAGACGACGAGGAGCCACAGGGAGUCCCAGAGACCUUGACCCCAGCGAACAGGAAGGAGGUGAAGGGGUCUUAUGUUUCCAUCCACAGCUCAGGAUUCAGAGACUUUCUCCUCAAGCCGGAGCUGCUCCGGGCCAUUGUGGACUGUGGUUUUGAGCAUCCCUCAGAAGUUCAACAUGAGUGCAUUCCUCAAGCUAUCCUUGGAAUGGAUAUUUUGUGUCAGGCGAAGUCUGGUAUGGGAAAAACUGCAGUGUUUGUCCUCGCCACUCUGCAGCAGAUCGAACCCGUCGAUGGUCAGGUGUCCGUCCUCGUCAUGUGCCACACUCGAGAGUUGGCCUUCCAGAUCAGCAAGGAGUACGAGCGCUUCUCCAAGUACAUGCCCACCGUCAAGGUGUCGGUGUUCUUUGGCGGCAUGCCCAUCAAGAAGGACGAGGACACCCUGAGGAAGAACUGCCCUCACAUCGUGGUGGGAACGCCGGGACGCUUGCUGGCCCUCAUCCGAAACAAGACGCUCGUCGUCAAGAACAUCAAACACUUUGUGCUCGAUGAGUGCGAUAAGAUGCUGGAGCAGCUGGACAUGAGAGCCGACGUCCAGGAAAUCUUCAGACUGACGCCUCACGAGAAGCAAGUGAUGAUGUUCAGUGCGACGCUCAGCAAGGAGAUCCGGCCCGUGUGCCGCAAGUUCAUGCAGGAUCCCAUGGAAGUGAUUGUGGACGACGAGACCAAACUGACGCUGCACGGCUUACAGCAGUACUACUGCAAGCUGAAGGACAGCGAGAAAAACCGCAAGCUGUUCGACCUGCUGGACGUGCUCGAGUUCAACCAGGUGGUGAUCUUCGUGAAGUCGAUCCAUCGCUGUAUUGCCCUGUCCCAGCUGCUGGUGGAGCAGAACUUCCCAGCUAUCGCCAUCCACAGAGGCAUGCAGCAGGAGGAGAGGUUAUCCCGGUACCAGCAGUUCAAGGACUUCCAGCGGCGGAUCCUGGUGGCGACCAACCUGUUCGGCCGGGGCAUGGACAUCGAGCGAGUCAACAUCGUCUUCAACUACGACAUGCCGGAGGACUCCGACACGUACCUCCACAGAGUGGCCCGCGCCGGCAGGUUUGGUACGAAAGGCCUGGCCAUCACCUUCGUGUCAGAUGAGAGCGACGCCAAGACCCUGAACGAGGUCCAGGACCGCUUCGAGGUCAACGUAGCGGAGCUACCGGAGGAGAUCGACAUCUCCUCCUACAUUGAACAGUCCAGAUGAGUCUGAAACGCCUCUCCAGUGACGACUCUGCAAUCAUUAUUAUAGCCGUGUUGUGGAGGAAGUUAAAAGAAAAUAAGAAAAAUUCAACACCUUCCCCUUAUUUACCAUCUUUCUCCCAACAGGCAACUUCAAAAUGUGACAUUUGUUUUUGUGUGUUUUUGCCGGAUUAUUUUUGUUUGUUGUUGUUCAGUCCAUGGAUACAGUGCUUUGGUUAAAUAAAGAUUUUCUAU